AGAAGGUACAAGGAUAAGAGCUAAGAAAGUGUAAUUCAUUAAUCAUUCAUGCAUAUGUUAUUUAGUUAAACAAAUUCAAGUCAAGUUUUGUCUUCCUAUUUCCAUUAAUAAGAUGUUUAGCUUAUUUGAUGGCUUUAAAAGCUUUAACUUUUUUUUUUUUUCCUCCCCAGGGGGAUACUAAUAAAUCUUUUUGUCAAUGGGGUACAAUAGAAUUUCCCAAGUGAUUUGGGGAGCUUGACAUGUCGUCCUCUUUGGGGGAGCUUGACAUGCAAUCUAUCUUUUAAUGUUUGCAAUCAGGCAGAAUGUGUAUAUUUAAUUUUUCUGGUACAUUCUGUCAUCGAUCAUCUAUUCCCACAGAUUUUGUGGCUUGAAUUUUGAAUGAUUUUACUUGUUUUUCACUUUUAAGUGACAUUCUUAUCUUUUACUUAAUGAUGUACAACCUAUUCAUUUUCUAUGGAGCAAACUUUGAUCUCCAAUUUGUAGGCCUAUGCCUCUUACAUGAAAGGGAAUUUACUGUUUGAAAAAGAAGAGAACUGGAAUGUUGCAUUAAAGAGUUUCAAGAGUGCCAGGGCUGUUUAUGAGGAGCUUGGGAAAUAUGGAGACUUGGAGAAUCAACAAUUGUGUCGUGAACGUGUUCAGGAACUGGACCCGAAUAUACGGUAUUGUCUACACAAAAUUGGAGAGUCAAAUCUACAAACAUCUGAACUUGUGCACAUAGAUGAAAUGGAAGGACCUGCGCUGGACCUUUUUAAGGCUAAAUUGGAGGCUGUUAUGGCAGAGGCUAGAUCUCAACAGGCUGCAUCUAUGACCGAAUUUAAUUGGCUAGGUCAUAAAUUUCCAAUUUCAAAUGCCAAGACACGGGUUUCCAUAUUGAAAGCUCAGGAAUUGGAGAAAGAUCUUCAUGGUCCAACAGCAAACUCUCUUACAGCUGAGAAAAGGCUUAUUGUGUUCGACAAAAUUUUUGCCGCAUACCAUGAGGCCAGAAGUUGCAUCCGUAGUGACUUGGUUACAGCAGGUAGUUCUGAAAACCUGAAGGAUGAUCUGAGUGCCCUAGAUAAAGCUAUUGGCGCUGUAUUAGGACAACGAACUAUUGAGCGGAACCAGUUGUUAGUUAGCUUAGCCAAAAGUAAACUUAAUAAGGUCCGUGAUGACAAAACUGAGAAAGUCACCAAGCCUGAAGAGCUUGUACGAUUAUAUGAUCUUUUGUUACAGAAUACAGCUGAUCUUUCUGAUUUAGUUAGCUCUGGAAGGGAUAGAAAACCAGAAGAAGUGGCAUUUACUGAAGAAUGCGAACUCAAAAGUUUGGUAUUUCGAGCAGAAAGGUGUUUUUACUUGGCUAAAUCCUACAGUUCUGCUGGAAAGAGGACAGAAGCAUAUGCUUUGUACUGCCGAGCUCGCUCUCUAGCUGAUACUGCCCUGAAAAAAAUUCAGAAUUUGACUACCCCAGAUCAGGUAACAAUCAAGGAAUUGGAGAUGUUAUACAAUGACAGUAGAUCCCAUAGUUGUAUAGAGCAUGCAACUGGUGUUAUGGAGGAGCAGAAAGCUCCCGAGAAUCUCUCAAAAAAGAUCUCUACUUUAUCACUAACGAAAAAUGACAAUAAGCUGGAGAAAUUUCUUAUCGAGAAAUUGGAUAGUUACGAAUCUGCAGUUGGUGAUUCCAACACGAGAGGAAUUCCUCGUAUUGAUGCCUUCCCACCUGCCUUCCAAGCAACUCCUCGCAAUCCAAUUGUUCUAGAUCUUGCAUUUAAUUCAAUUGAGUUCCCAUCACUUGAGAACAGGAUGAAGAAAGACAAAAAGGGCUUCAUUAGUCGGCUUUGGCGAUAAGCUGUUUGGGUGGCCUUGAAUCCAUGGGAUUUUUUUGUUACUCAAAAUUUAAUAUCCAUACAAGGAGGAAGACACGAUGAAAUGAGUACUUUUCCAAAUCUGAAUAUUUUCGGUUCGCUGGAUUCUGUAGAACAAAAAUAACUUGAAAUGGGACUGUCAACAAAUUUCCUCACCCAUUUGUGCUCUGACUGCAGUGGAAAUGAUGGGAUUGAACAGAUUUUUGGAGUUCAAUUUGCCUUGGAUCUGAAUUUCUUCUUUGUUUCAUUGUUUUGAGAGAUGGACUUUGCUAUUGGCUUUCUGAGAAGGUAAUUUGUUUUAUAGGGAAGUAUUGUGUGUGAACAACAUAUCGAAUGCACAAAUAGG